AUCUGGUUCCUCCUCCCCUUUACCACACCGAUACUCCUGGUCCCUCUGUGCCACGACAGCAAAGAUGGGUCAGACCGUGUCAUGGCUCUCCAACCUCAUCUGGGCCAAGAAAGAGAUCAGGAUCUUGAUCUUGGGAUUGGAUAAUGCUGGCAAGACGACACUCCUCUACAGGCUCAAGAUUGGCGAAGUAGUAACAACGAUACCCACGAUCGGGUUCAACGUCGAGUCGGUGACAUACGGGAAGCUGAACUUCAAUGUAUGGGAUCUGGGCGGGCAAACAAGCAUCAGGCCAUACUGGCGAUGCUACUAUGCCAACACAGCAGCCGUCAUCUUCGUCGUGGACUCGACCGAUAUCGAACGUUUGCAGACCGCAGCAGACGAACUCGCCGCCAUGUUGAACGAGGACGAGCUGAAGGAUGCUGCCCUCUUGGUCUUCGCAAACAAGCAGGAUCAGCCAGGCGCAAAGGGGGCGGCCGACAUCUCGCAAGCACUGCGGCUAGGCGAGCUCAGAGACAGGAACUGGAGCAUCAUGGCGUGCAGUGCGGUGGAAGGGUCGGGUAUCAAAGAAGGGAUGGACUGGCUGUCGCAAACCGUAUCACAGGAUUAGAGGGCGGACCGGGGCUGGGACAUAGGGAAGUGGUUUCUGUAUAUGACAAGUUCACCUCUUCUGACAUUCCGGCCAAUCUUGGGUAUUGGGCAAGGUAAUUGGCCUUGCGGCGUUUGGGCAGAGAGUCGCCUUGGUACAUGGACGAUACGUUAUGCGAUGGCGCAGGGUGCAUCAGUAAGGGCGGGUGAGCGUUCGGCACAUGGAUACAUAAGACUUAAGUUUCUAAUACAAUGGACGGCUAGCGCCGCAGGGGCUCGCGUUUCUUUUCAUAGUUUUCGGCACCCAUUCUCGACGCAAGUCGUAGUUAUAGUGACGGCCCUAGAAGACCAGACCGGUA